GUGAACAAGUAUCUGCAGAGCAGUCUUGCAACACCGUUUAUAGCUGAAAAGGGGAACAGCCGAGCUUUUCGUUUUCCAGUCAACUGCAGCAGGUAUUAGCUCUGAAACUUUUCAGCUCAUUCUCAAGACAGAUAUGUCUCCAGGCACUAUUGUGGCCAUCCUGGUUUUUCUGACCCUACAUGAAGGUAGCAUUGUGGGGGAUCAAGGGGUGAAUCAGCGCUGUGUUUGCAUAACCAAGGAAAGAAAGCCCAUCGGCCGUCACAUUGCAGUGUUGGAGGUGUACCCUGCAGCCUCCCACUGUGCAGAAAUGCAAAUAAUUGCCACUCUGAAGAAGAGCAGGCAAAAGGUUUGCUUGGAUCCAGAUGCUCCAUGGGUGAUAAGAGUGCUGGAGAACAGACGUGCAAGGCAGAAAGUUAAACCCUAACCAUCCUGUUCAUCAAGGAAGCUUUGAGCCGUAACAACAAUGUUUGUUUUCCGAAGGAAGAAGUUCCAGGUAAUACUUGGGACAGUCAGGAACUGAUGUGGCACACCUAUGUGCCAGGAAGUGGACGGACAACAGAAAAAGGAAAUAUUCUCUAAACAAACUAUUAACUGUAAAAAGCUAUUUCUGUAAAUAAGGAAAUUCAUUGCUUUCAGCCUUGAUCACGUUUUGUCUUUAGACAUCGAUCAACAUGUUUAUGUGUAAAGCUUUUUUUUUUCCAGUGUUUCUAUUUUCAAUACAAAAGGUCAGAAGAGAUGUCCACACAUUGAGCUUCCUUUGUAAUCAAAUACAUUAAUAGAAUCAUUGUAAAUAAACUGCCCGCCACCCCAUGAGGGAUUAAGUGGGUCAGAAAAUGGAUGGAUGGAUGUAAAUAAACUGUGAUUUGUUUACCUAA